UCUGUGCUCUGCUACAGCGAGGCCGAGGUUUGGUCGUCUUGAUUUCGUGGUUUUGUUUCUCUCGAUCUUUUUUUUUCGCGCAGAGAGAGCAAGGAAGGAAGGAAGAAAGAUGACAUGCAUGGAGGAUGCAGCGUAUGGACUGAGAACAGGCCUGUUCCUCUAACUUGGUCUCCCUAACCGGACUCUGAUCUGAUUUCCAAGGAAAAUCCUGCAUUCUGACGCCUGUAAGAACCCCACCCCGAUAUGCCACAGGAUCCAAUUGUUUAACUGAAAUGGAGUAGUCUGGGCUAUGGAGACGUCAGAUGGAGCUCGACUCGCCUCCCUCUAUCUCGUCGGCUAACCCGUGAUGAUCCAGACGCGAGCUCUGAUUUGGUUGAAUAUUUCAAACUGACCUCGGGUGCUGAGAUCGAGAGAGCUGCUCUGACAAGCCUGCUGAGUGACGGCCAUCAUUUGACUCUUAACUGACCUGGCUUAACGUUCUCAAGAUGUUCUCUGCCCUGAAGAAGCUCGUGGGCUCUGAGCCCGGACAGUUGAGGGAUAAGAACAUCCCAGCCGGGCUGCAGUCCAUGAACCAGAGUCUACAGAGGCGUUUUGCCAAGGGUGUCCAGUAUAACAUGAAAAUUGUUAUUCGGGGCGACAGAAACACAGGCAAAAGCACACUUUGGCAUCGGCUGCAGGGGAAGAAGUUUUUGGAGGAGUACAUCCCAACACAGGAGAUUCAAGUGACGAGCAUUCACUGGAACUACAAAACCACUGAUGAUGUGGUCAAAGUGGAGGUGUGGGAUGUCGUGGAUAAAGGUCACAAGUUGCCUCAUCCUGAUGGCCCUGGCAAAAGUAAAAAGCGAGGAGAAGGAUUGAAACUGGAGAAUGAGCCUCAGGAGGCAGAAAGCGAGAUGGCUCUGGAUGCAGAGUUUCUAGAUGUCUACAAAAACUGCAACGGAGUAAUAAUGAUGUUCGACAUCACCAAACAGUGGACAUUCAAUUAUAUUCUGCGGGAGCUGCCUAAGGUACCAAAUCAUGUACCUGUCUGUGUGCUGGGGAACCACCGUGAUAUGGGGGAGCACCGUGUCAUCCUGCCUGAUGACAUUCGGGACUUUAUUGCUGGCUUAAACAGACCACUUGGUUCAUCCUAUAUUCACUAUGCUGAAUCUUCCAUGAAGAAUGGCUUUGGCUUGAAAUAUUUGCACAGAUUUUUUAAUAUUCCAUUUCUGCAGCUACAGAGGGAGACGUUACUGCGGCAGCUGGAGACCAAUCAGUUAGACAUUGAUGCGACCUUGGAAGAGCUGACAGUGCAGCAGGAGACGGAGGACCAGAACUACGACAUAUUUUUAGAGAUGAUGGAGGCUCGCAACCGGGGCUACAGCUCACCAGUGCCAGCCAAUGGACAAAGCCCAUCAUCUGGCUCACAGUCUCCCAUUGUCCCAGCCAGUGGUGCCUCUACCGGAAGUUCUAGUCCUGGCACGCCCCAGCCUGUAGCCCCCUCCCAAGCAACCCUGUCUCUGGCACCUUCUCCUUCUCCCCCACCAUCAAGUGCUCCACCACCACCACCGCCGCCACCACCAGCUCUUCCUGCUGAGGAGCCUGCCCCUGCUGUGGCUGCGCCCACUCCUGUCGCUCCCACUCCUCAAAAACGGGGCAUUAUUGCCCGCCUGUUUGGAGGCUCCUCUACGCCAGAGGUGGCUAACUCUGCUAAACCAGAUUCUCAGGUGGCCUCUGCAUCAGAAGCCCCUGCCAAGGUGCAGAGUGUAGAUGAUUUUGUGCCAGAUGAUGGACUGGACAAUAGUUUUCUGGAGGAAUCCAGCACUUCUCAAAAGGCCGCUGAAAUACGCCCUGCAAAGGCUGCUCAUGACAGUGACAGUGAGAUGGAGGGAAACCCUAUGGUGGCCGGACUGCAGGAUGACCUUGAUCCAGAUGACAAAGUCCUGCUGAAGGGUAAGGUGCAGACACCCGUUCCAAGUAAGGACAUCACACUGUCCAGUGAUGAGGAGGGGCCAGCAAAAUCUGGAGUCGCCAUAUUGGAGGAUGAAGAUUUUGAUGUUUCAGGAAGCGGCAGUUGGUCUUCCAAAAACUCCUCUAAACCUCAGAGUCACACUAAGUUCAAGGGUGCAGAACUGAAACCCGCCACAGUGGCACUGGUGGCGCCAAUGAGACCCGAGAAAGUGGACAGCCUAAAAACUACCAACUCCUCCAUCAAGACCCCUGCCCUCAACCCACUUCCAGCCAACAUUCCCAAUCCAUCAGCAAAGGUUAAAGGAAAAGUAGAAGAGGUGGAGUCCUCGGACUCGGACCUCGAGGGGCCGGUGGCCAAACAGAUGCUUUCUUUUGUUAUGGAUGACCCUGAUUUUGACAGCGAUGAGCCUGGUGAGGAGACAACAAAGGCUGCAUUUCCAGUGAGGGAUGAAAUCCCAGACCUUUCUGAUGACGAGUUUAUGCCUUCAAAGAUGUUGGAACCACUAAAACCCACAGUCCUGUCCUUUAAGCCCAAAAACGAUUUGGAUUUAUUUGGCCUGGGCUUUGAUGAAACGCCGCCUAAAAACAAAGACAGCAGCGAUGAAGCUGAAGAUAAAGAAAGCAAGCUUUCCUCCAAAGAUAAAAAGAAAAAGAAGAAAAAGAGCAAAGAGGAAGAAGAGAAAGCAGGAAAGAAAAAACACAAGCACAAGAAAAAAGAAAAAGACGAGGUUACCACCAGCGCAGGGGAAGAUAGAAAGAAAAAGAAGAGCCGCAGCCGAAAGGCGGAGCAGCUGGGGGACCUGGAGGCCUUCCUGUCGGGGUCAGGGGAUGGCCUGGGGAAGGGAGGUGGCAGUGGUGGUGGAGGCGACUACGAGGAGCUGUAGACCCCCCUGAUGGGACCGCGUCACUCGGCCACCAUGCUGCUGCUCGCCAUUGUUUCCAAGUAGGCAGACACUCCUGUCCUGAAGAGGUGGAACACUUUAGGAAUGAACAGCAUCUCAUCACGGCCUACGAGCCUCCGAGGAAAGACGGAUUACGACACUGCGGGCUCUCCUGGGCGACUCCAUAUUUAUUUGCUUGUCUUUGUUUUGAGGGGCUUUUUGUGUAUUCCAGCACUUUUUUUGUUUUUUUUUGGAUGAAGCCCUUUUCAGUUGAGCAGAAAGGUGUUUUGCUAUAAAUUUUCAGGUGUAUUCA